CUGCCUGGUGGCCAGCAUGGGCUUCGUUGUGGGAAAUUGCACAGCAGAGCGUGACCUCACUGCAUUCUGCACAGCUGUGCGAGCGAGCAAAGAGAGAGAGAGAGCGAGGAGAAAUAGAAGACAGAGCGAGAGGGGCUGCCUGGUUCCCUGCACGGGCUCUGUUGUGGGAAAUUGUGCUUUUAAACAGCCUUACGCCGAUAUGCAUUCUUCAGUUUCUGGUGCAUUACACGCGCAACAAGAAACCAACACCCACUCGGUUAACGUCAUUAAUAACGCAGUGUGAGAUGGACGAGUCGUCUCUGUUGGAUCUAUUGGAGUGUUCAGUGUGUUUGGAGCGGCUGGACACUACAGCUAAAGUCCUGCCUUGCCAACACACCUUCUGUCGCCGCUGCUUGGAGAACAUAGUCAGCUCCAGGAACGAACUGAGAUGCCCAGAAUGUCGCAUCCUAGUCGGCUGUGAGGUGGAUGAUCUUCCCGCGAAUAUCUUGCUGGUCCGCCUGCUGGACGGGAUCAAACAGCGGCCACGGAAUGGAGGCAAUACCAGGCAGUCCCUGGUGGGAGGCGGGCGGUCGCUGGGCUGUGCAGCCGGGAUCAGCGCCUCUCCCCCGGGCAGUGGGAUCAGGGACCUGCCGGUGGCCACACGAAGCCCCCCGGUCAAGAGUUUACCUAAUCUAACCCUAACCCUGCCCUGUGGGAAGGCUCUCUAUUCCUACGAGGGGAAGGAACCUGGAGACCUGCAGUUCGCCAAAGGGGACAUCAUCAUCCUGCGACGUAAAGUUGACGACAACUGGUAUCAUGGGGAGCUGAACAGUUGUCAUGGUUUCCUGCCAGCUAGUUACAUCGCGUUGUUACAGCCGCUGAGCCAAACUCCGCCCACAGGAAAGGCCUUGUACGACUUUGAGGUCAAAGACAAAGAUCAGGACAAAGACUGUCUGGCCUUCUCGAAGGAUGAGGUUCUGACGGUGAUCAGACGAGUGGAUGACAACUGGGCAGAGGGCAUGCUGGGAGAUAAGAUCGGGAUCUUCCCCAUCCUCUAUGUAGAGCUAAAUGAAACAGCCAAACAGUUGAUGGAGAUUGACAAGCCGACAUCCAAUCCCGUCCCUGGCCCCAGCUUUGACCCGUCUCCCGGCCUCCCAUUGGGUCCCUGCUCCCCUGGCCCCUCCCCUGACCCAUCCUCUGCAGGAAGCGGCGAUGGUGCCCUCCAGAGGCAAGAGGAGGAGAGAAGAGGAGGAGAGGGGAAGAAAAACGCUAAGAAGCGCCACUCGUUUACAGCUCUGAGUGUGACACAGCGGACAGCCCAGCUCAACAACAGACACAGCAUGGAGAUCUCCCACCCUGUCCUCAUCAGCUCCUCUGACCCCAGGGCUGCUGCACGGAUACAGGACUCUCCCCCCGGUCCCGCCCCCUCCUCAGUAGGAGUUCUGGUUCCUCCCAGAAUGGCUUCAGUCACCUCAGAACUGCUGGCUCAAGCCAAGGUCCAACUACCACUCAACAUCUACCUGGCCCUGUAUGCGUAUAAGUCCCAGAAGGCAGAUGAGUUGGAGCUGAGGAAAGGAGAGAUGUACCGCGUCACAGAGAAGUGUCAGGACGGGUGGUUUAAAGGAACCUCUCUACGUACCGCUGCUUCAGGAGUCUUCCCUGGAAACUACGUCACACCCGUGUCCAGAGCUCCGUUUGCGGUGGGUGGUUCUCAGAGCUCCUGUCUCUCGGGGCAGGACGUUGGAGGGGUGGGACAGGGGAGUAAGGCAGCCUCCCCCUCCUCCGCCGGCCCCUCCUCUCGUCCCUCCCCUCCUCCCUCUUCCCCCCAGUCUGCCGCUGCUCAGCUGAAGAACUGCCUUCGCUUUGGACAACAAACAGUUAACCAGACCCGCUCUGCCAUGCAACUGGUCCACAGCCCGCCCUCCAGCAGCCCAGAGCAUCCCACACCCACUGUCUCUCCUCUCCGACCUCAGAAAUCCUCCCCGUCGCGCUCCGCUGGCCAAUCUGCUCGCCCAAUGUCCAUGGUGUCCCCCGGCCCUUCCCCCCUCUCCUCCCCUGCUUCGCGCCCUCUCUCCGGCCUCUCUUCGCCCCUCAUCCCACUUUCCUCCCCUCUCUCCUGCCUCACCCCUCCCAACGCCAGUGCUGCCCUACUCAACGGAGAAUCAACCAAUCCCUUCCAACCAUCCUCGCCUGGCCCCUCCCACAGCAACGCCCCAAAACCAGAGAAGAAGGAGAAGAAAGGAGGUCUGCUAAAGCUUCUCUCUGGAGCCGCGGCCAAGAAAAAGGCAUCUCAUUCUCCCCCGUCCUCCCCCCCAACCCUCCCCCUGUCAGGUGCCGUCCUCCCACAUCACACCCGCUCUGGCUCCUGUCCAAUGGAUGCCCAGGGGCGUGCCGGGUCUUGUCCAAUCGAGAGUGAGAUGGCGGGGGCAAUGGGGUUAGAGCUGCUGAACAGAAAGUCAGGAUCCCUCGAUCUCAACUUCCCCCGGUCGCCACCGAUGACCCGCCCCGGGAACGCACUGCUAGCUCUCCGGCCUGAACCCAAACCACUGUCCAGAGAGAGGUAUCGUGUGGUGGUGCCCUACCCCCCUCAGAGCGAGGCGGAGAUCGAGCUGAGACAGGGAGACGUGGUGUUUGUUCAUAAGAAGAGAGAAGAUGGCUGGUACAAAGGCACUCUGCAGAGGACUGGACGUACUGGCCUCUUCCCUGGCAGCUUCGUAGAGAUCUUCUGAACAGGACCGCUACACACACACACACACACACACACACACACACACACACACACACACACACACACACACACACACACACACGCAGGGAUGGGCAAAAAUUACAAAAUACAAUUACAAAAGAUUAAUGUAUCAAAAUGAACUACAAAAUACUUGUAUUUUAUAAUAAUUUGGGGGGCACCUAUAUGUGUCCUAUUACACACAAGUGUGUAAUGGAAAUGUUUUUUGGGGGCAUAUCCCAACUCCCCCGAGACACCCGUAGGGAGUGGGGUCACGGCCAGGGUCGCCAUUGUAUAGCGCCCCUGGAGCAAUUAGGGUUAAGUGACUUGUUGAAGGGCACAGCAACUGAUUUUUUUUCACCUUGUCGCCUCCGGUAUUCAAACCAGCAACCUUUUGAUCACUGGCCUAAUGCUCUAACCUCGAGGCUACCUGCCGCCCCAAAUGCAUAUCAUUAAAAUACAUGUAUUUUGUAUUUAAUUAAAAUACAUGUAUUUUGUAAUUUAAAUACAUAAAUACAUUUGCAAACUCAGUGACGGUUACAUAAACUUUUAAUUUGCUAUGACUGAUGUUGAUUAUCUACCUUAGUUGAAUGUACUGACAGUAAGUCACUCUGGAUAAGUGUCUGCUAAAUGACCAAAAUGCUGUAUAUAUGUGAAAAUGAACACACCAAAACGAACUGCAAAGCACACUAGGUAUUAUUAUUGGCCUUGUUUCAGGGUCAUGUCUAGAUGGGAUAUAUCUUAACCUAAUUUUCUUAACCUGCUACGUUAAUUCUAUUAAACCUGCUAUGAAAAGUAUAUUUUGACAAAAGCUGUAUCCUUUCUAGACUAAACCUUGUUUCAGGGCAGAGCUCAUUAGAAUAAUACUCCAUUAUUACAUACACGUUUAUAUUUAGUUCAUUUAGCAGACGCUCUUAUCACACCAUAGUGCCAUCAGACUUUUGAUACCAAUGCAGGGUGAAAGGGGGAUGGUGAACCGCUAUAAACAAAUAGUAUAGAAAAGUAUUUUGUAUUUUGAAAUACAAAUUACAGCUCUCGAAAGUAUCUUAUUACAAAAUACUGUACAUUGGAGUGUAGUCCAGCCCAGUGUAAUACAAUUUACAAAAUACUGCCCAUCUCUGCACACACGGCUACCCCAGCUCCAACCAGCCUCAUAGGAGCGGGGGCCUUUAUCAACACAGGACAGCUAUGGCAGAGGUCCUUUAUCAACCUCAUCAAUGACUAGUGAUGUUGACAUCAUCAGGAGGCGCCAGCAACUAUUGAAGGCACAAUGAGCGGCACACUGUAUUUUUCUAUUGCUUCAGUGUGUAUUUGUUUUAAACAUCAGUGUCCGUAUGAAUGUGUGGUAUGGUUAGAGACAGGCCGUACUGGUUACAGAAGCACCUAAAGACCCUAGCUAACCUGAUACCUGUUCUUUCUGGUCGGUGUGUGUGUGUAUGCGUGUCUGUAUGCAUGCGUGUGUGUGCGUGCAUGUGUGCGAGUAAGAGAGACCAGUAGUUGGUAAUACCAGUCAUGGGAAAGAAAGCACAUCAACAGUCCUAAAUGGUCUUCAUUUUAACAUACCCCACUUCUGGCAAGCUACUUCAAACCUCCUCUUUCAUUGGCUAAGCACACAACAGUACUCCUCUUUCAUUGGUUAAGCACACAAUGGUGGUCCUCUCUAAUUGGCUAAGUACACAGUUCCUCUCUCAUUUACUAAGCACACAACAACUGUACCCCAACAGAAGUAGGAUCAACUGGUUUAGAAGAGUAAAGAAGUCUACAGGUUAGGAAGACAGAGUGAAGCACACAGAGUUGGGAAGGCCAGAACAAGUCGGUUACAACACAUACAGAUGGGAUCAGGCUACAUCCAUACAGCACACUGUCUCAGCCUAAAGCAUAUGUGUGUGUGUGUGUGUGUGUGUGUGUGUGUGUGUGUGUGUGUGUGUGUGUGUGUGUGUGUGUGUGUGUGUGUGUGUGUGUGUGUGUGUGUGUGUGUGUGUGUGUGUGUGUGUGUGUGUGUGAUAGAGACCAUCUGGCUCUGAUUGGAGUAGCAGAUGCAGGGGAGUCUGGGUAAUCCUUGAGUUGGGUGACAGACAGAUGAGAACACCCAGAGAUUCAGAUGAGAUUAGAACCUUUCCAUCAGCCACGACACACACAACCACACACAGUCAUUGAUGUGAAAGGAGUGGAUAGGUCCCAGUCUUUCCGCUCUUCCUCAGAGAGAGAGAGUGUAUCAGUUAAACAUGUUGAUGUUGUUGCUGUGGAUAAGCUUUUCGGUCCAGGCCAGACACAACCCUUAGCUCCAGAUGAGCCAGCUGUAUCCCUGAACCCAAAAGGCCAGUCUUUUUGUCUGUGUCUACUGUGUGUCUGUGGAGCUAAUGCACAAGUCCUCCAUGUUGGAGAUAGAGCACUUCCACAUGACCCAGACACCACACAGUGUCCAUCUUGCUAUUCCUGCUCCCCAGUUCCCAUAAAUCAGUGUGUUCAGGUGGACUGUGUUUCUGGUUUGUCUGGACUGUCUGGUGUGAGUACUGUACCACUGACAAGACUUUACAGACUUUACAAGGGGUUUGUUACGCAUAGAAUCUCAUGCUGUCUAACUAUGAGAGACGUUUUACAUUACUGUAACAGAAAAUAAGAGAUAUAUAUAAAUAUAUAUAUUGUGCAGAUUAUUUAUAUUUCGUGGGUGCCAGUCGCCCUGCACUCGAGACCAGCGUUCUACCAUGUGAUCAUUAAACAUUGUCUCGUAUUGAUGACCUUGUGGUUUGGUUGGUUUUUCAUGUCAAGUGCAUUUUCCCAAUAAAUGCCUUUGUUUUAAACCAA